AGGACGAUGAGUGCGCUGAGGCCAUCCGCAAGUGUGACGUCAACGGUCCCCUGGUCAUGUACGUGUCUAAGAUGGUGCCAACCUCGGACAAGGGCCGCUUCUACGCCUUCGGCCGUGUGUUCGCCGGUAAGAUCGCCACGGGCCAGAAGGUCCGCAUGCUCGGCCCCAACUACGUGCCCGGCAAGAAGACCGACCUGUGGGUCAAGAACAUCCAGCGUACGGUCAUCAUGAUGGGCCGCUACGUCGAGCAGACCCCCGACAUUCCUGCCGGUAACACGUGCGCCCUGGUGGGUGUCGACCAGUACCUGCUCAAGUCCGGUACGAUCACCACGUCCGAGACGGGCCACACCAUCCGUACCAUGAAGUUCUCCGUGUCGCCCGUUGUGCGUGUGGCCGUUGAGCCCAAGACCGCUUCGGACCUGCCGAAGCUUGUGGAGGGCAUGAAGCGUCUGUCCAAGUCCGACCCCAUGGUCCUGUGUUACACGGAGGAGUCGGGUGAGCACAUUAUCGCCGGUGCCGGUGAGCUCCACCUUGAGAUCUGUCUGAAGGAUCUGCAGGAGGAGUUCAUGGGCACGGAGGUCAAGAUCUCGGAGCCCGUUGUGUCCUACCGUGAGACGAUCACGGGCACCUCGUCCAAGACGUGCCUGUCGAAGUCGCCCAACAAGCACAACCGUCUGUUCUGCGAGGCCUCGCCUCUGGGCGACGAGCUCACUCAGGAGAUUGAGGAUGACAAGGAGGAGGUGACCCCCCGUUACGACUUUAAGCUCCGCGCUCGCUACCUGGCCGACAACCACGACUGGGACGUGACCGACGCCCGUAAGAUCUGGGGCUACGGCCCGGACGGCACGGGUGCCAACGUGUUCGUGGACGCCACCAAGGGUGUGUCGUACCUGAACGAAAUCAAGGAGUCCGUGCUUGGCGGCUUCAACUGGGCCACCAAGGACGGUGUGCUUUGUGAGGAGGUCGUGCGUGGCAUGCGCGUGAACCUGCUGGAUGUGGUGCUUCACGCUGAUGCUAUUCACCGUGGUAUGGGCCAGAUCCUGCCCACCACCCGCCGUGUGGUGUACGCUUGCCAGCUCGUGUCGGAGCCCGCCCUUAUGGAGCCUGUCUUCCUUGCCGACAUCCAGGUGCCCCAGGACGCCGUUGGCGGCGUGUACGGUGUGCUGACCCGCCGUCGUGGCCACGUGUUCGCCGAGGAGCAGCGCCCGGGUACCCCCAUGAUGCAGCUGAAGGCGUACCUGCCCGUCAACGAGUCGUUCGGUUUCACCGCUGACCUGCGUCAGGCUACGGGUGGCAAGGCCUUCCCGCAGUGCGUGUUUGACCACUACCAGGUGAUCGGCGGCGACCCGACGGACACCGGCAACAUGGCCGGCAAGCUGGUGAACGGCGUGCGUGUCCGCAAGGGUCUGUCCCCGGACGUGCCCCCGCUUGACCGCUUCUACGACCGUCUGUAAGGCGUUUAGCUCGAGCAAAAUCUUCUGUCGUGGUGCAGCCCGGUGCCAUUGAGCGCGGGCGAGUCUCAUGCGUCUGGAUUUGUUUCGGCUUGUAGCUCGGUUUAACGUCGUAGUUGAAUCAAGAUGCCUCUUUUUAUAUCCAUUCUUCCUUCACUGUUUCUUCUUGCUUUGUGUGUCUUUCUUUAUGAAGUCUGGCUAGCAGUUGUGCCAGGCGAGCAGUGCUACUAGCGUUGAUCUCCUGUUCGCUUAGGGUUUUCAGUUUGUUGCCGUGCCGAGUUGUCAUAAGCGCCACCACCAUCACUGGCAUCCCUGAUCCACAUAGCGCGAGAUAGUAUGAUGUACUACGUGCACGACGCAGCCGUCGCGGCGCCGCUGAAAAGCGUCGUGCAAACUUCUAUCGCCGUACUCAGUGCUGAAAACCUUCGCAGCUGUCAGCUUCUCGCUCAAUCCCAGUUUUUUUGCCAGGGUAUCAUGAAAUCCACGAACACUACGGCUGCUGUCUGGUGGCAAGCCAUGGUCAGAACUGUGGAAUUGACCCUCGCCGAUGCUACCAUGGCAGGCGGAGUAACUUGACACUGCCGCGUCUUGGUCUUUGAGAGGAUUGCUUUUUGCAACGAAUGUAUGGCACUGGCAGCAACUUUGAAUAUUCCAGCGCAGGCUGGCCUAAUUUCCCCACCGAGUAGAAGCUCCCCUUGCAAAUUCGAUCCAUCAAAAGUACCAGGUACUUGAAGUUAAAGGCGAUGUUCAUGUAAUCGUUGCACCGGAUACAUUCCGGUGAGGACAACGUCCUUUGGACAUGACAACCGCAAGCGUCGACCGGCACCAAGGGCUACCAAGUAAGACCUUAGUAGAUGCAAUUCGUUCGCGAAUCACACUACAGGCUGUAGCGUACAGCUACUGCUGCCGACGCAGCGAGGCUGGGGGCGAAGCAGGCAAAGUGUCCGCUUCGUUCGUUGAUGGACAUCAUUCUGGCGAAAUGGACGGCAACUUCAACCAGGUGCCCCCGAUCGCCCGCCGCAUCUCUACUGUGCGCUUCGCUAGUAAACCGCGGCGCUUACGAAAAUGGAGACCGCACUGGAAUGAACAUGCAUGGAGCCGGUGCUGCACCGCCGUCUGGGACUUGCAAUCGUAAGCUUCAGCGCUUACGUGUCGGCAAUGAGAGCAGAAUCAAUGCUCACAUUUGACUGCAAUGCUCGCGCUGUACUAGUUGAAGUUGCCCUCCUUGCGUUCCCGUCGUUGACGUCACUCGACUUGCUUUCGAAGCGUGUCAAGCGCAGCACUUUACUGUAACGGCCGAAGUGACGUUGUCCGCUCUUUUCGGCACAUCCGCGCCAAGGACCUGUUGUGGUUGAAGCUGCCAGCUCUAUCGACGUACCUUUGGUACUGCUGGUACUGUACCGCCGGCAAUACACUGGCUGGGACGGGAGCCUCUCAUUCUGCCUUUUGCACUCUCGCCGUCAAGCCCCGCAGACCCGCUCUCCACGCCGCCAUGCAGCGCCAGGUCCUCCGUCAAGCCCCCCGCUUCGCCGUCAAGUCGGCCGCGACCGCCGCCAAGGCCUCGCCGCUCGUGCUGUCGCGCCACUUCUCGACGCCCGUGCCGGUCAAGCAGACCAAGCUGCUGAUCAACAACGAGUUCGUGCCGUCCGUCUCGGGCAAGACCUUCGAGACGUACAACCCGGCCACCGAGGAGAAGAUCACGGACGUGGCCGAGGCCGGCACCGCCGACAUCGACGCCGCCGUGGCUGCUGCCCGCGCGGCCUUCGAGGGCCCGUGGCGUACCAUGCCCGCGGCCGAGCGCGGCAUCCUGCUCAACCGCCUGGCGGACCUCAUUGAGGAGAACAUCGACGAGCUCGCUGCCCUCGAGGCCCUGGACAACGGCAAGCCGUGCGCCGAGGCCAAGGGUGCCGACCUGGGCCUCGUGCUCAAGACCCUCCGCCACUACGCCGGCUGGCCCGACAAGAUCCACGGCUCCGUCAUCCCCAUCACGGGCCCCUACCUCUGCUACAACAAGCCCGAGCCUGUCGGUGUGUGCGCGCAGAUCAUCCCGUGGAACUUCCCGCUGCUCAUGAUGGCGUGGAAGCUGGGCCCCGCUCUUGCUGCUGGCAACACGGUCGUGCUCAAGCCCGCCGAGCAGACCCCGCUGUCCGCUCUGCGUGUCGGUGAGCUGAUCGUGGAGGCCGGCUUCCCCAAGGGUGUGGUGAACAUCGUGCCCGGCGUGGGCCCCACUGCUGGCCGCCACCUGGCGCAGCACCCGAACGUCGACAAGGUCGCCUUCACGGGCUCCACCGAGGUCGGCUACCAGAUCAUGCGCACCUCGCACGUGAGCAACAUCAAGCGCGUGACGCUUGAGCUCGGCGGCAAGUCGGCCAACAUCAUCCUCGACGACGCCGACAUCGACCUCGCCAUCCAGCAGUCGCAGCUGGGUCUGUUCCUGAACCAGGGCCAGUGCUGCAUUGCAGGAACGCGCGUGUACGUGCAGGAGGGCAUCUACGACGAGUUUGUCAAGCGCACGGUGGAGGCUGCUCGCUCCCGUGUGGUCGGCGACCCGUUCGACGCCAGCACGCAGCAGGGUGCUCAGAUCGACGAGACCCAGUUCGAGAAGAUCAUGGGCUACAUUGACGAGGGUGUCAAGGAGGGCGCCCGCCUGCUGACCGGCGGCAAGCGCGUCGGCAACAAAGGCUGGUUCAUUGAGCCCACCGUGUUCGCCGACGUCACGGACGACAUGACCAUCGCUCGUGAGGAGAUCUUCGGCCCCGUUAUGUCCAUCCUCAAGUUCAAGACCAUCGAUGAGGUCAUUGCUCGCGCCAACGACUCCGUCUACGGCCUGGGCGCCGGUGUGGUGACCAAGAGCGUCGACAACGCCAUCAAGAUCUCCAACGGCAUCCGCACGGGCACGGUGUACGUCAACUGCUACGACGUGUUCGACGGCAACACGCCGUUUGGCGGCUUCAAGGACUCGGGCAUCGGCCGCGAGAACGGCGAGCUGGGCCUGCGCAACUACCUAGAGCACAAGACGGUGAUCAUCAAGCGCCCCGAGGACUCGAUGCCUUAAGUAUGUCCUCAUGUAUGUUGAAAGUGUAGUAGCGAAGGCUGAGGUUACCAAAGCAAAACAAGCUAAGUGAAAGUUUAGCAACCGUUUGCCAUGGACGUUUUGACUCGUACAUCUCCACCAUGUUCAAACCGCCUGACAAUGAGGCCCACUCGCUUCAUGCUCGUCAGGUGGCAGAGUUCUUGCUGCGCGGAACGGACUGUAGUAAUCGCUGCUCCCCCGUUCAAUUAAGAAACCAUGCUCGGAUUAAGGAGUGGUGCUGAGUAUUGAGCUCUUCGUGCAUUCUGAAAGUUGCCAUCCCGUGUCAUUCCUGGAACCCAAGAUGCACGUUUGCUUUCAAAGACGAACAUGUGAGAGCUUGCUCUACCAAUACAUCCAACGGCUGCAGUCGUCUUGUCAGCUUGGGUCGAGAGCUGCUCGUUCAUUUUUUCACUUCAACCAGUUCUCGUCGAAGUUGUCUCAUAGCUACGUGCACCACACCAUCUACGGCCUGUGAAAUGGCACUCGCUGAUUGGUCUUCACCAUCCAAUCAGCGAUUUUCGAACAGCAGCCAAAAAUACCUUAUUAUGACGUCGCAUUCAGCGCCCAAAGCACGAAGCGAAGCCGAGGUGACGAAGGCGUUUUGCUUGAUCCAUCUCGCAGGGGCUGCGCGCACAUGUACAACCGGAUGGCGAACGGAAGGUCUUCCGCGCGAGAAUCUCUCUUCUCUGGGGCCUCUUCGCGAUCCCAGGUAAGCGCGAGAUGAAGCCACGGACACGCUAGGUAGUGCCCCGCCCCGAGUGUUCUAACGUUGUAUUGCAUCCUUGUGCGUGGCGUCUUGGCAGCUUGGAGGCAGCGUAGACAACGGCGAGCAGGCUAAACGGCUGCUGGAGGAGCAAAACGACGAGCAGAUCAGCCACUUGUCGCUGCAGAUCACGCAGUUGAAGCAGGUGCGUGGGC